AUGGAGGCUCAGAGUAAUAUAAACGUUAACCGUGCAGAGAGAGGUGAUCGAAUAGAGGAUCUUCAUUUAGACAGUGUAGUGGCAUCUCAACCAGAAAUUGGUCCCACACCUCCAGAUGGAGGAUACGGGUGGCUUAUUGUUUUUUCAGCAGCUAUGUAUCACAUAACUGUACCUGCAGUUUUGAGUUUAUAUGGACUCAUUAUUUUAAAAGCAAUCAGAGAAGAGGAUCAUGAUGAAGGAGAAGUAUUGAAACUAUGGGAUAUGGACAUAGCUUUAGUGCCUGUGAUAAUGGUGAUCAUAAGACUUUUAUUAGAGUCUUGGUGCAGGGCCAUGGUGAAGAUUUUUAAUAUGCCUCGGUUCAUUGCUCUUUCUGGUCUCAGUUUAACUGUAGCUGGUGUUUUACUAUCAAGUUAUUCGACGAACGCAUACAGUAAUGACCACAUAGUCAAUAUUUUCUCUGGAAUAUUUGCAGGCAUCGGCUGCGCGUUGACCGGUCAACAGACUGAUGUAAUCAUAACGCACUACUUCAGAGAAAAGCUUACAAUGGCUCAACGUAUAGUGCGUAUGGCGCCUUCUGUGGGCAACAGCGUGGUGCCGAUUCUAGUGGGUUAUUUGUGUACAAUGUACACUGGUGAUGUUGUCGUAAUGAUAUAUGGAGCUAUCAUGAUGCAGAAUUGCCUGUUUUUGGCUGCGUAUACCCGACCUCUAUAUAUAGAAAAGGUCAUCAGAACCACGUAUAACAUGCUGCGAGAUGCGGCAGAGGAUGAAGACGAAGUUAUUUUCUCAAAUCAACGUCAGACCGAAACUCAAAAUCAGGUUCAAACCAAUCUAACGGAAACCACGGCAGACCCUCCCCAGGAUGACGAUAAUACUGACGUAGUUGUUUUUAAAUCGAGAAAAGACGCGAAAGAGAUAAUCGAUCCAUCCGUCGAACUUCGUGAGAACAGAUCUUCACAGGAAGCAAGGUUCUCUUCAGACUUCAGCACAAUGUUCACGGAUGUUAGUGCCAAUCGAUUUUCUACAGACUUCGGCGCUUUAGACGUUAAUAGCUUUAGUCGUAUUAGCGGAUAUAGGGAGCUGACGAGCAUAGAGCAAGAAGUUCCAAACCCCCAACCAUUGUACCGAGAGACCACCAUUAACGCACCGCAGAAUGGUUUAAUCUUUUCCGCAGAAGUGACACCUGGAACAGCUAGAAGAACGGCGUCAUUAAAGAAGAACUUUAUUACCGUCGUGAAUAUGCUGCAGGAUUUAAAUUUUUACUUGUACACACUUUUACACUUGUGCACAACUUUUUCAAUUCUUGUGCUGGGAGUUGUGUUUCCGCCUCUAAUAUGGGAACAAAAUCCAUCAAUGAACAUUUGGUCGGUGUCCACACUCAUAGCUGCAGCGCAUGGCGCAGCGCUGUGCUUCAUAAUGUUAUGCGUGGUGCUGCCGAAGUCCAUCAAUCAAAAGGCGAGGUUGUGCGCAGCAUGCUGUGCAUGUGGUACUCUGGGCUUUUAUGGUAUAACACUGACCGAGAACAAAAGUUUCCUCGUUGUGUGGUGCAUGUUGGCGAGUUUUUCAACAGCAGCCUCCAAUAUACUCGAGCAGCCUCUCUAUAACAGUACGCUCAACGAAUUCGACACAACAGCCACUAUGACCACUGCCAACGUAGUUGUCGCCGUGUCGAUCAUGAUCUGGUCGCUUGCAUACAACUACGAGUAUAGGACCUGCUUCUUUAUAGCCAGUCUUCUUCAGGUUUCCACCGCAUGCGCUUUCCUCGCGUCGUCAUUUAGAAGGCGGAGACAGUAA